UUUAUUAAUUUAGUUGGUGCCGGACUACAAAACAGUAAAAGACGAUUUGGGUGCCGUUGCUUUACGUUAAAAAAAACUUCUUUUAAAAAGAAAAUUCUUGUAUUUAGUCAUAUGUAUAGUAGAUUGAACGGAGAAGAAGGAGAUUACGAGAUAAUGGAUGGUCCAGUAAAACCAGCACCUCCGCCACCAUAUAAUAAACUAACGAAUGUGUCAGGCUAUGAAUCUCCAAGCUCUUCAGCUCCACAGAUUAUGGGACCCCAACCCACGGUGGUUAGUAUUUCCAAUAUGGGAACUGAGCCAUCGCAUCAACCCGUUGGACCAAAACCAGUUAUCCUGACAUGUCCCCAGUGUCGGUGCCGCAACAAAACAAAAAUCCGGCGUCGAGCAAAUGCCAAAACUCAUUUGGCAUGUUUGCUUCUGUUUUGGAGCAUGUGCUGUUUUGUGCCUUAUUGCAUCGACUCUUGCAAUAAUUUGGAUCACUUCUGUCCCACAUGUGAGGCCUUUGUGGGUAGUUAUUCGUAAUCAAAUGGUAAUGAAACUUUGAAAGUUUACAAUCCCUGUCGCUUUUUAUUCCUUUAAAUUCCUUACAAAAGUUAUCCUUUAAUAAAGUUCAUGAAAAACUUGUAA